AUGGCGGCAGAGGGACGUUCUGUGGACGAAGACGUUUUGCUGGAAGUCGACGUUGGUUUCAAUGAAUUCGACGAUGAACUGCUUAACGAAGACGAACUAAUAUCAGAAACUGCAGCUAGCUCAAAGGACGAGGUACAAAGAAAAAGCAAUGAAGCAAAAUCAGAGGACAAGAAAACCUCAAACUGUGAACUACAAAAUGUGCGGGAAAGCAGGAAACCGAGUAAAGAUAAAAUUAAUAAUAAAACUUUAGUAAAUGAAGAUGGAGAAAUAUCUAGUCCGAAUGAAGACAUGGACAUUGAUUUACAAACUACUGACGUUAGAAAUGACAGCUCAAAAAGACACGAGGGUGCAGAUGACAGUUAUGGUAAAAACAAAGGCAUUAGGACACGACGCAGCGAUAGGACGGUGAUCCAUAAACGAGGAUUAGAUGCCUCAAGCGAUGAAAAGAUGGACCUUGAUGAACCAAAUCAAGUGAAAAGAUUAAAAAUCGGCGACUUUCACACUGUAGGAGGGAAACUAGCUGAACAAAAGAAAAAACGUGGAGGAGUCAAAAAGAGGUCCCGGAUGUCUAAAUACCUGCUGUUACGUGAAGAGCAGCAACGGCAUGUCCGGCCAAGUACAGAUCACCUUUUUGUCCCCCUGACUAUAACAGAAAAUGACUCAACUGAGGACAUAGCUAAAGAGCUUGCUGAUAGACUUGAAGAGGCAAAGACGGAUUUGAUUCAUCGUGUUGUAAAAUGCAUUGGUCAUACAAAGGCUCUGCAACUUUUUGAAGAGACACUUGAAAUCCAAGAACAAGGAGGUAUUCCCACUGCAAACAAAGAUCGAAGACGGACAAGCGGAGGUGUGUUUUUGUACCUGCUAAAAGCGAAGGAGUAUGCAACCAAGGAACAAGUGAAGGAAAUAUAUAAAAUAUAUAAAAAAAACUGCUAAAGGAAAAACAAGCCAGAGUAAAGGAAAUGAUGAAGAAUGGCUAGCAAAGCUAAGAUGUCAAAAAUGAUGAAGAAUGGCUAGCAAAGCUAACAUCUCAACAAUGAUGAAGGGUGGCUUCCUAAGCUAACAUCUCAAAACCAAAUGAAAUCGGAGUUCUUGGAAAAGGAAGAAAUGCCACAGUACACUACAUGUGAAAAAGUAUAGCCUGGAAGAAACUUAACAGCAUCGCGCGCGUUUUUUUUUUUUUUUUUCGUGUAGAUUGAGUUAUAUAUAUGAUAAGAUAUACAUGAUUCUUUUUCAAGAGGUCUGUUUGAUGCGCGAGUUUAAUAGCAAGAGAAAACUGUCAUAGUUUAGUUGCCGCCGACAUUACACUGUCUUUGUUUUGCAAAGGCAAGCGAUGAUCAAUUGUCACCUCGCUCUCUCGGCUUGCGUACGGCCCAUACUAAAUCGACUACUUUACCGAUUGCGACAUUAUUUAUAGCAAAUUAAAGCUGGGAUAUAGAGGAUUCGUUUUUGAGGGGUCUAUUUGAUGCGCGAGUUUAAUAGCAAGAGAAAACAAUCAUAGUUUAGUUGCCGCCGACAUUAACAUACCGAUGCCGUCGUCAAUGUUUUACAACAGCGUUUUCCACAAGUGAAAUUUACGACACUUCCUAAACACAACAUCAUGUCAUGCAAGUGACAAACAACUACAUGUAGUGUUUGACUAGCCGGCGAGACUUUGUAUACAAUGACUAGACUAGACGGAUCUUCUAGCCGACAAGACUUUGUAUACAGUGACGAAACGGUGAGACUUGUACGUUCGUUUGUUGUUGUUAAAACUCACACAUUGUCUGAUUGUCGUGAUCUUAUAAUUCGCAUUUCUCUCGAAUUAGACUAACAUACUUUAUUUGACUCAGAAGCUAAAAAAAAUUUGAGUAAAACCAAUCAUUUCCUGGAUGUAAAAAUACAAAGGAUAUUUCAGUAGGACGAUUCGGUAGGGCGGCAGUGAUUGUUUGACACACGCCUUGGAUUCUAUUUCACUGUUCGACAAGAAUGAUGCCGCACAACUUUUAUUCCUUUCGUGCAUCAAGAACCUGAUCCUGAGAAACCUGAGAAAUUGAUCUCUGUAUAUAGACUAAGGCUUUCGUCUUUAUUUCGGUGCGAUUUCAUAAAACGGCUAAGAACAGUGAUAUUUGAAACGGAGUUCAACACAUAACAUUCGUUUUUUCCCUUCAAUACAUGGUAAAGUACAAACUAACACCAUCCGAAAAAUAUCAAGACUAAAGAUUUCGUAGCGAUUUUAGUAGCACGGAGCGCGGCGAAAUAUAUUAGUUCGACACGGCUUUGGUAACUUCUCGUAGUUUGAGCAAGAAAGCACCAAUCCAACACACAACCUUAGCAUUUAUUCCUUCUUAUCAAUACAAAAAAAAAUAUUUCUACUUCGAUUGGUAAAACUACUAGGCAUGAAGUUUGUAGAGAUCAGUUUUAUUGCCGAUAUAAAGUAAAGGAGCUAAAGCUGUAUCAGGCUUUUGAAUAGCGGAAUCCUAUCACAUCCAACGCCAAACGCCGAAGUUUUCUUUCCGCAUACAAAUGCAUGACUUUGAGUUGUAGCCACAAAUACUCUCAAGGGAUUCCAUAGAAGUUAAUGAGGCAAACAGGUGCGUGUAGUUUUGUGCGUGUAGUCCACUCUGGGUGGGUGUAGUUCGAGUGUAUGAAUCUAAUUACACUCAGACUACACGCAAAAAACGCGCAAAAUUCGCGCAGAAUUCGCGCACAAAAUGUUAAAUUCCCUGAAGGCUGUACUGUAAGUAGGGGCUGAAAGUUAUUUUAUCUUUUAAGUUCAAAUAAAAAGUAGCCGGCGCUCGGUGGAAAAUAGCCGGCGCUUCCGCCGGCCGCCGGGGCCUAAUGCAACCCCUGAAAGCCGUUGAUUGUUUUGUAAAAUUCUCUUCAUCUCCAUGUAUCAUCCCUCUACUUCACCAAUAGUGUUGAUACAAAUAUACUGUAAGUAUGAUGGGCAUGGUGUUGCUAGUACUGUACAUAAUAUUGUAAGUAUAGCCUGCAAUGCAGUGUUUUCAUAACCGCCAUCUUGGAUUUUGAGCAAAAUGAAAAACGCUCCCUCCCCCUUUUUUUAUUUUUCCUCAAAAUCCAAGAUGGUGGCUAAUAAUUGCUUGAGGCCGGUUUUUCGCUAUAGAAACACCUGGUAAACGCAUACUCAUCUCUUUAUCUUUCAAAUGAGCAAAAGAAACAAAGACAUCUGACAGACUAGAAGCAAUCCAGGAUUUUGAGCGAAGGGCUCAUUACUUAUCUAGCCAUUUUUACUUAGGUAGCUAGCUCGCAGUGGUGCCCAAUUUUCCUUCAUCACAGUGGACCUCCUACCGAACUACUCCCCCCCCCUUGUUACUGGCCUUAACAUAUGCUGACAAAUGUUAGUAUAUAAUAAAAUGUUGUCAGUGUAACGGCAGAUGUCGAUUGGUAAGUUCAACAACCGUAAAAUACCAUGGGUAUUAUUAUAUUAACCAAAUGCAGGAAAAUAUGGAUCAAUCAUAUGGUAGUCCAUUGAAUGUCAUCAAUGUCUGGCUCCGGCAUCUCUGGAGUCCAUUUAAAACAUUUAUUUUUGCAAAUAAUUAGAACCCAUAAGCACCUGCGGUCUUGGAACUGCUAUUCGCCAUUUGUACUGACAACCUUUCUUGAAUUAGGUAUUUGGUGGCUGUAAGAAUAAUGGUGAGGGAUGUGAUUGCACAGUCAUUUGAUAACUGAGUUUAAUAAUAUUCUUUCGUCUAUUCCCCGUGAUGUAUGUAUCAGUUUGGUACUAAAAAGGUGUCAUAUUAAAACUGCACUGUUGACAUCCUUGAAAA